AUGCCAAGAGAUCAUCAGAGGCACAAUUUAAAAGAUUUGACCAACAAGGAACAAGAAAGGUAAAUACAAUAUUAAAAUAAUUUUAUUCUAUUAAUUUAUAUACAUUAAUCAGUCUAGCAACACAGUGUAGAAGAUACCAGAAUUCAUGGUCAAAACAAACUACACUAUAAAAUUCAAACUGCACGAUAAAUGGCAUAAGACAUAAUGCUGUCCCUCUCAAACAUGCAAAGGAAUACUCCAGUUUCAAACCUGUGAGAGCAACAAUGGAUGCAAGGGCAUUAUGUUUGAUGCCCUAUGAUAUAUUCUAACUUUUACAUAAAAACUUUGAUUAAACAAUAUAUACUUAGGUCAACUGGGAUUCUAACCUGGCAAAGAGAUGGGAUACAGAUUCUCCCUGAACUAUUACGUCCAAAGUCUGAUAUUUAUAUAAGGAAAUAUAUGCCCGCCCAACUGUUAUUCAUGCUCAGCAAAGAAUUGGGAGGCAGUUGCUUUCUGAACAAUUGAAUACAAACUUUAAUUUAUUAUUAGUUUUUUACGAGUAUUAUCCUAAUGAACAAAUAGACUAAAAUGGAACAUGGGUGUUAGAGAAUAGAAAGGAGAAAUAAUAUUGUGAGAAGUUCUCUUCUUAUACUGCAUCCACUUACUAAAAUAAAUAUCAUUCCCUUUUUUCGCUUACUGACAACAGUCAUGCAAAUUUUUAUUUACCUGCCUUUGAACGGUUUCCAGUGGUUAUCAACCCUUCAAACCAAUUCUUUCCUUUUCAAAGUGUCUUGACCAAAUGGAGCAUUAGAGGGCACCCAGGCCCGUGGAAAGAAUUUUUAAGAUACGUGGAUUUUCUCCCGGGGAGUAAUCCCCCUUAUAUAAGCCAACUAAGUAUGUGCCACCCCAAAGGGUAUGGUCUUUGCACCUUUUUGUUCUAAAAAUGGUCAGGAUUUGGAGAACCUGGGGACAAACCCCUACCAAGAACCCGCAAGAGCACCCCACUAAGGAUUUCAGUCACUUUCGGGUAGUAAAUAACACAAAUAAGCGACCAUGGUUUAAGUACUAGGGCUACGCGUGAAUCGCCGAGAGAGAGACUUAGCUUCCUUUCUUUUUGGGUAUUGAUUUCGCGGGAAAAUCGAAAACGUUUUAGAGAUGGCUUCCGCUAAAUAUAGAAAUCUUUUCCAGUAUCUUAAAAAGAAGGCUUAUCCGGAAGGCUUUACAAAGCAAAAAACGACUCUGCGAAAAUUUGCCAAAAAGUUCGAGUAUGACUCAAAAUUAGAGUCCUUGUUCUACGUGGCCAAGGAGAAGGAUGGCACAGCGCUUCGACGUCUUGUUAUCACUGAGGAAGAGAAAAGCGAGGGUCUUCGAAGAGUGCCACUCUGCUCCUUUCUCUGGACACGCCGGCUGCGAUAAUACUUUUGCACCCCGUGAAGGUUGUUCCCAAGGUGUGGUACUUGGUCGGAAUUGAUUUAAUAGAAGCUCCUACUACAUCUCAAAACAACAACAGAUUUCUUCUGUCCCGUAGGUGCAAGAGGCCUCUGUAUAAAUUGUGUGACAACCUUUCGUAUGUCAAGUAGCGCUGCGGGGUUAAGUUGUACAGGCCUCAAAUGUCAUGCAUACUAUGAAUUCAACACCGCAAAACGCAGUUUUAUUCAUGUUUGUCUUUUGAUUGCUUUGUUUAGUAUUCUUGUUUUUGGCUGUUUGGAAUCAUACGCUCGCAGCUGCCGGUAAUUGCGGCAUUGCUCGCUUGUAAAAAGUUCUAUUAAAUAAAAUUGAAGCUUUGCAAACAAUGAAGCGUUGUACAGCGAAGCGAUGUUAUGCGGUUGUAAAUUUCAGUUUCGUCAUGUUUUGAGCCAACGUUUACUGCCUAUGGGGUUUUUUUCUGCGCAAUAAACCCGGCGAAAAGUGUCAGACGAUAUAAUUCUAACAUGCAUCUACACUAUUCAGCCGUAAAUUCGUGAUUAACAAUCCCGACUUUUCCCCAGUCUGAAAUAAUUUAGGCAAAGUUGAAGUAGCCUGUUCCAGGCGUUCAGAUAGUGGGGAGCGGUGUAAGGAGCGGUGCGAGGUAAAAAGGAGCGCGAAAAAAAUAAAAGCGAGGGAGGGGGAGAGGAGAGAGAGGGUCGAAGCGAUCAGCGAUUAGGGCAUCCCCCACCGGGGAUGCCCAAAACGCUAGGGAUAUGGGAAUGGGGAUGCCCAAAACGCGGGGAUACCCAAAACGCUGUGACACCGGCCAAUAUGGCGGCCUGGGGCUAGUUUACUAGUGGCUAGUUUGGAUCUUCCGCUCACAGAGUCACUCACUGUACCAACGCAAACCUAAGCUUAAUAGUACCUACAACAAUUUCAAGAAAGGAAUCUGCAAUAUAAAAACCAAAAUACCAAAGAAGGCAAUAGAAUUCGAAGGUCAGGAGAGACAUAAAGGUAUACAUAUUUACUGAUAUUUAGAGGGCCGCACCCAACGACGAUUUCCUCCUAAUUGCAUUGAAAUUAUAAAGUAAUUCUCAUUAUGAAGUAGAUGGCUAGGAUGUAAAAGUUGCGGUGAUUUCAGGCUUUCACUUUCGCACCUUCCUGUCGUUCCCCAAAACGUGGGCGGCUCAAAACUCGAAGUAGCCAGUUUUUAGCCGGCUGCCUGCACUUAAUAAGAAUCCUGCAGACUACAGUACUUUUAAAUCUCUAGAAAUGCAUUCUAAGCGGGGCUAUAAAAUUUGCAUCUGUUCAGUCAUCCUAGGGGAACUAAAGGCUUUUCGAAAUUACAAGGGCCUCAGUUUUAUUUUCCUGAAAGUAUGAGACCGUAAGUUAACUAAGUUCAUUUCUUUAUCACCUAGAGAUAUGCCAAGAGAUCAUCAGAGGCACAAUUUAAAAGAUUUGACCAACGAGGAACAAGAAAGGUAA